AUGUCUGUUAGAGACCCUCCCCCGGCCUCGCCUGCCGGGCCAGACCCGAGGGAGCAUGCGUCUGAGGAGGUGGAGAACACCGACAACCCGACUCUAGAUCUGUCAUCACUGUCGCGCGCCGUGAAAGCCAGAAAGGCGGAAUAUACUCGACGGCGGACGAUUCGAGUCAAGGUUGGUACGUGGAACGUGGCCGCCAUCUCCGGUACCGAGAAAGAUGUCGGGAAAUGGUUCGUUCAAGGCCAGGGGGUAUGCGAGAAGUUUUCGGGCUUCAAAGGCACACAGUUUAAGAAGAAUGUGACCACAGAUGGCAAUUCUUCUCCAAGUAAUGAGGAAGAAAGACAGCGUGAAGGGAACACCGCGGCGCCAUUCCAGUGUAGCCCCGAGGAAGUUGAUCUCUAUGUCCUUGGCCUGCAGGAGGUUGUGGAUGUUUCUUCACCAGCGGAAGCUCUCCGGCCAUAUACUGAUGCAGGACCCGCAAAUAGGUGGAAAGAAGCCGUUCACAAAGCACUCCCUCCGGGAUAUCAACUUGUCUCGGAAGUCCAGCUCAUUGGACUAUUACUGGUCAUCUAUGCAUCCCCGGCAAUCAGAGAAAGCGUCUCAUCCGUUAGCAGCACCUACGUUGGGACGGGACUGAUGGGUUAUAUGGGGAAUAAAGGUGGUGUUGCAACACGCCUGGUCCUUGGAGAGACUACGCGGUUGGUCUUUGUGAACUGCCAUUUGGCUGCAGGAUCGGACAAAGGAAGUCUGGAACGGCGCAACUGGGAUGCGUCCCAGAUCGCGUCGCGUGCGAAAUUCGAUCCAGUGGAUUCUGAAGACCCGGAACAAGGCGAUGCAUUUGACAGUAUUGGCGAUGAGGAUUUCGCAUUCUGGUUUGGGGAUCUUAACUACCGGCUGGACGAUAUCCCUGGCGAUGAUGUGCGCUCCGUCUUGGCACGACACACAGUGAAUGCCUACGAUACUGCUCGUCAAGAAAGGCAAACCACACCUGCUAGUCGCCGUGAAUCAUGCGGAGAUUCCUCGGAUCGAGCUCCGUCAUCACCAACAUUUCUGACAGGAGAAGAGAAACCUGAGCCUGUUACCGACGAAGAAAUCGACCCUCAUAACGAUCCUGCAUCCUUGCAGACCACGAUUACAUCUUUGAUUGUCCAUGAUCAGCUGCGAAUACAACAGAAGAAGGGAACAGCCUUCCACAAAGGAUGGAACGAGGGUCAGAUUUCCUUCUUGCCAACUUACAAAUAUGACGUUGGAAGCGUAGCGAUGUUUGAUUCCAGUGAGAAACAUCGUGGUCCUAGCUGGUGUGAUCGAAUCCUUUAUCGCACUCGCCGCGACAAGCUUAAGCAUGAGCAGCUGGACCGGGAAAUGGAAGAGGUGCGCAAAAGAGACAAGGAAAUGGAAGCCCGUGGGUUUGAUAAGGCAGUUGCUGAUGACAAUGUCCUGUUCGAUUACGACCCGGAGGUUGAUGGUUUCGACGGUGCCGCAGGAGGGGAGGAGUAUAUCUCAGAUGAAGAUCGCGCAGAUGAGUCUUCGCUUGCCUCUGAAGACACUUCUGAGGAUCCCAUCCGCCUGGAUCACUAUGUUUCACAUCAAGGGAUCUUAUCUUCAGACCAUAAGCCCUUGGAUGCCAUCUUUACACUCACUUUUGAUGCCGUCAAUCCUAGUCUCAAGGCCAAGGUCCAUCAAGAAGUCGUCCGGGAAUUAGACAAGGCUGAGAAUGAGGCCCGACCUGGCCUGACGGUCGUAGUAGACACACAUACCGAUGGAAAUCGUUCAAACCAGGACCCAAAUGCCGUGGAUUUCGGUCAAGUUCCUUUCGACGUGCCGAUUCACCGCACCUUGACCGUUGCCAACACAGGUGGUUCUCCGGCCACAUUCUCAUUUGCUGAGCGCUCUAGCCUAACCGAUGAUACCACCGAAAACCCUUCUUGGCUCGAUAUCCAUGUCGAAAAGCCUUCAGAGAAUAACCCCUCAGAUAAGACAACUGCACCGGCCUGCGAUCAUACUCUACUCCCCGGAGAAGUGGCCAACGUUGAUGUCACGGCGCAUGUUCGGCGCAUCGAGCAUGUUCGUCUGCUCAAUCUGAAAAAAGUCAAGCUGGAAGAAAUUCUGGUCCUCCAUGUGGAUUGCGGCCGUGACCACUUCAUCCCUGUUUCUGGUAAUUGGUUGCCAACCUGCUUUGGUUGUAGCGUGGAUGAAUUGACCCGCAUGCCUGAGGAUGGAGCCCGCAGUCUUUCAACCGACGGAGUAUCCCACCCAUCAAUGAGUGCCACAGAAGUUCGGCUUUCGGCACCAAGAGAACUUUUUCGACUGACCGAGUCAAUCUCGGAAUUGGCCGAACGUGCUGUCGCGGAAUGGAGCAUGACCAACAGCGAGACCGAAGAAAAAGAAGCGCCCUGGAUGAAGGAUCCAGCUGGCACUGCCUGGCCCUUCCAGCCCGAUACUUGGACCCUGACUGAUCCCUAUGAGCGAGCGCCUCUUUUAGCCGCAGUUCGCGAAUCCCUCGACACAAACUACUCUCUAUCAAGCAUUUUCAAGCCCGAAAUUCCUUCUCUCCACCGUCUUGAAAUCCUCUCAGAAACCAUACUCACCUUCCUCAACUCCCUCAGUGAUGGGAUCGUCACAGCAUCUACUUGGGAAGCAAUGGAGCAGCAAAUGAUCUCCCGCGAGAAGUCUAAAGCCCCGCCCCGGUCUUGGGAAGAGAUCCAAGCCUGGGUCCUCGAAAGCUUGGCAUACUCACCUGCUCACAGCGUCUCCUUUACCUUCGUCACUUUCAUGCUGGCCCGAAUUGCCAACGAAGUAGCGCCGGUCCCAUCGGCUUCUCAGCUUCCGUCAAGUUCAUCGCCCUCCAAAGGCCAAAAAUCAUCAACUUUGGACGCCAAAAAGGCCCAGGACCAGGACCAGGGUCUGACACAAUCAGGCUCUCAAGCCUCACUACCACCAACGCCAGCCUCUGCUGCUGCUUUCAUCUCCGCGGGAAGCUUCCGCCGCAAGCCACGCUCGCCAGCCUCCUCCACCGGGUCUGAUGCAUCUGCAAGCGGUGCACCCAGUAAUGCGCCCGCUGUGGCGCGCCGACAAGCUGUUGAGGCGGCCCUAGCUUCUAUCUUUGCGCGGGUACUCAUCUCGGCGGCCGUGCCGGUCCCAGGGAAGGACAAGGAGCGCCGAGCAUCCGAUGAGCGGCGAAAGAGCAUUAUCGAGCCAUUCCUGAAGAUGAUUGGGGUCGAUGAGCGUGGCCCGUCCGGUGGAAGGGCCUAG